AUGAAUGACAAUAUUGGUACUGAUACUAUUAACAGGGAAAUCAGCGGUAUUGCUGAUGCAAACAAUUGUGAUGAUAGAAAUGUCAAAUGUCAAAUUGCAGAAACCUAUGACGGUUUAAUUGAUUAUCAAGUUCAAAUUAUUAACGAGAUCAGAGGGAAUAAUCAAAACCUUAUAAUUAGUGACAAAGAAAAACAAAUAACUAGAAAAAAGAUUAAAAAAGAAGCAAAAAUCUUCAAUUGUAAAAUAUUAUUAUUUUUGUAUAAUAACACAAUGUCGACUUCGGGAUUGACGAAUUGGAAUGAACCUUUAAAAAUACUAGUACUUUAUAUAUGGAAUUCCGAACACAACAUCGUUCUUUUCUCGCCAAAUUUGAAACCUAACAUAGAUUGUGAAAACGAUAGUUUAUAUCGAAUGAUAAAAGAUGAUUUGCUGGGCGAGUCAUAUGCAAAGCUAUUUACAACAUUGUUAGCUUUCAAUUAUGACACGACUAAGCAUAUUGCACUAUUGGAGCAAAGCUCUCAACGAUUGGUCAAUAUAGACAAUAAAAGAUUAACAUUGUUUAUAAGAGCCACUUAUCAUUUCAUAAAAUUGCAAGACAAUGUAGGAAGACUUAAUGUUGUGAGUACUAAAAAUUAUUUGGUUUGGAAAAAGUUCAAAGAACUGGCGGUUACUGGUAAAGAAAACGAACUUUUAAGUUCUGAGUGGUAUAUAGAAAUUGAGAGCAGAUUGGAA